GUCCAUUUUCCGUUAAACUUUAGCAGUUUAUCAAUAGGCAAACAUUUCAAUUAACAUCGUUCUUCACCGGCCUCUUCGCUCGCAUACACCUUUUCAAUAUACCUCAGUGGUCAUCAAACCAGUAUCAAACCGCCUUGUCCGCACAUGAAGAUUGUUACAUUUUAUUUCAAGAGAAAGAAUUGGACCUGUUUCAACCCUCUUUCCAUCAUUGUCUGCACGCUAGAGUGAAAAGAAACUACCUUGGGGAAAUGGCGUAGGUUCACUGCUAUUCAGCCUUAUUUGGAUGUGCUGCUAAUGAACAAUUUGAGGAUUUGAAAAGAUGGGCUUCUAAUUGCUACGUAUUUAUGAACAAAAAAACAUGAUUCACGCCUACAAAGUGUUCGGCAUUACGAAACAAUUGUCGCCACUCACCUCACAUUUUACAGAGUAUUCAGUAUCAUUAUGGUUGUUAUGAUUCGAGGAUUGAUUCUCUAUGCAUUGGGCACAAUUCGCACAAAGUGCGUACACUGCUAGUUAAAAUAAUAAUUCAAAUUACGUUCCAACUCGGCUCAAGCCUGCCACAUGGGCUUCCCGCUCUGAUUCGACCCACAACCGUGUCACCGCCGUCAGGCUUCACAUUUUCAUAUUCUGGACGGUCGACUGAAGUAUUCAUUCAAAGCAAUGAACCCAAUUCAAAGACUUUGUUUCGCUAUUUUCAGAAAACCUCUGCUAAACCCGGCUGCCUCUACUCGUGCGGCUGUCCGCCGUCUCUCCAGAAAGACCGGUGACGACGAGUGGAACGUCGCGUGGGAAACCGCAUGGCUGCCGGAGGAUCUAUCGGGGAAGAAUCGAGCUCCUUGGGAGACUGACGUUAACUUCUCUCUUCCGGAUGACACCUCGAACUCUUCUCAUACUCCUCUUCCGUCGGAAGUUGACGGCGAAACCAGGGCAUUCGUGGAGGAGAUGAACGACAAUUGGGAUCAAAGAAAGGGGAAAAGUCCGAAAAAAAACUCAGACGGUGAUGAUAUUGCCAAGAAAAAUGAAAAUGAGAGGUCUAUUUAUAGUUUAGAGAAUAUGAGGAAGGAUUAUAGGGUCAAGAAACAGAGAAUACAUGCGGGAUUGUGGGUGAAGGAGAUUGAGAAGAUGGAGGAAGCGAAGCUUGGAGAUGGCGGCAAUGCUGAUGAUAUCGAAAAGUUGCUGGAUAGCGCCUCCGAGAUUUUUGACUCUGCAAAUGAUGACUUCAAGAACAAUUUACAAGUUUCAAGUUCUGAUAUAAAAAACAAGCCGGAUGGAUGGGAAACAACAUCAAAGAGUGUAGAUGGGAACAUCUGGGAGAUGUCACAAAGAGAAGAAGAUCUUUUGCUUCAAGAGUUUGAGCGUCGAAUUGCAUUCAACAAGUUCCAGAUAGGGAGCUUUCUAAAGACACACAUAUUCA